UGUCCUCAAACAGAAGAAGAAUGGAUGCGAGUAUCAACAACUUUUGAACGUACUACAAGGUUCCCGUCAUGUUUAGGCGCUGCAUGUGCACGUCAUAUUGAACUUCGCAAGGCAUCUAAAGCAGAUUCUGAUUAUCUUAAUGAACGUCGUCGACCCAGUGUCUUAUUAACAGCUGUAGUAGAUUCCAAUUAUGAGUUCCUUGUAGUAGACACGUGCCCAAGUGGGCAUCUUUCUGAAGAUAAUCCACCAAAUAGAAUUUUAGAACGCAAAUUGAGAACGACAAAGUUACCAUGUCAGCUUAACUCUAAUCAGUUACCUUAUGUAUUCGUAGCUGAUGAAAGUUUUAAGCUUCAGGAAAAUUUUAUGGUGCCCUUCAGAGCAGUGAAUGAUAAAGGUGGUGAGGCUAAUAAACUAUUUAAUAGACAAUUAGUCAGGGCCAAUCAAAGGGCUGCAAAAACUCUGGCCAUUAUGGCAUGGAGGUUUGGUGUACUCCAGACACCUGUUAACUUAGAAGCAAAAAAAGUACAAACUAUUGUUAAGGCCUGCUGUUAUCUUCAUAAUUUCUUUAAGCGUGAAAGUGCAUAUUAUAUAGACAGUAACAUGGAAGCUGUUAUCAAAGCAGAUAUGGCUCCAAUUGUGUGGGGUCCAAAUACGACGGUUAUACCGCACAUUAAUAAUUGUGAUAGCGACCCACAAUAU